AAUUGUCAAACAUUGUCGCAUGUGGUUUUGCACCACAUUGUUUUUCAAUUUAGAUAUUUCUAGUUUUAGUCCUAUUUUCUUGUAGGUCUUUAGUUAUAUUUAAAUGUGUUAAUCUGUUUUUAAAAUCGCAACGCUGAAAUAACUUAGUUAACAAUGAAUUUUGCACAUUUGUAUAAAAGUGCCGCCGAGACAAAUGUUAAAUUAAUAUCUACACAGGACAAACUUGGGAAGUCGAAAAGAAAAAAAAUGAAAUCAAAUUUAGUAACAUCAAACACAGUAGGUGAAACAGGUGAAAAAAAUACAGAUGAAAACCAACCGUUAAACAAUGUUUUAAAUAAAAAUGCUAGAAAAAAAGAUAAAGUAAAAUCAGCACAAGUCAGUUAUAACUCGGAGAGUGUAGUUAAUACAGAAAUGGGGAAAAUAAAACCUAAAAAAAGGAACAAGUCUGUUAGUUUUAUGUUGGAUGACAAGGAAGAGGUGGUUGUUAAAAAAACUAAGUCAGAUAUAACAACUCAUAAACAAGAUACAAUUAAUAACGAGAAUAACAGGAAAAAACAAAAAAAGAAGAAUAAGUCUCAAGAUAGAGUAGAAAAUGAUGAUGUUGACAUGAAGAAGGAAGAUAUUACAUCAAAUUCAAUUGACAAAACUAUGAACUUGAAAAGGAACAUAUUACAAAAAUUAGAUAAUGAAUAUAGUGAUCCUACAAAAAGGAAGAUAAAUAAAAAAGUAAAGAAAAACAUUAAAGGUAAAGAAUCAGGUGAUAGCAAUAUUGAAAAUGUAAAUCUGAUAAACAAAAGUCAAGAAACAACUGAUAAUAAAAAGAAAAAAUUACAACAUAAAGAAAUUGAUACAAAUGUUGGUACAUCCACAACUGAUAACAAAUCAUCAGUUGAACCUAAAAAGGCUAAGAAAAAGAAAAACAUCACAAAUGCACAAAAUAAUGAAACUGAAAUUGACUCAGAUAAGUAUAAAAAGAAUGAAAAUAAACCCGAGGUCAUAGCAGGAAAUCUUGAAAACCUUAGUAUUGGAGAUAACACACACACUUUAUCAAACCUCCUUGAUGAAAUGACUGUAGUUGACAAAAAGAAACGAAAGAAAAACAAAAUUAACAAAAAAAGAGACAAACAACCAGAAGCAGAGACUAAAGCUGAAAUUGAAGGAAGUAAAGAGAAAGAAAAAUGGCAGAAAAAAAGAUGGAAUAAGGGAAAGAAAGGAAAAGAUGACCCUGAUAAAGGCAUGCAUCCUGUAAAUGUAGAAAACUUACCUUUUAGUAUAAUUUUGAGCUAUAAGAAAUUGUUAGCUGAACAUUUUGCACAGUGUGGAACUGUACGGAGAGUUGGUAUUGCACAAAUCUACCCAUCAGAGGGUAUCAAGCCAGUUUUCAACACAACAGUUUAUUUUGAUACCGCAGCUGAUGCUAUGAAGGCGUUAGAAGAAGACAACACAUCUUUUGAAGGCACCACCAUUCGGGUGUUAAAGCCAUUCCCUCCAACAGAGACAACAGCAGUGGUGCGCACAUAUGGCCCACUCACCGAACAGAUCAUAAGCACGAUGUUCAGUAAUGUAGGACGCAUAAGGAGAAUAAGACAUCUUAUCAAGGGAAAGAAAUCCAUGUCUACGGCAUUCGUAGAGCUAGACGAACCUGAGGCGGUGGAGCGCGCCAUGAAAAUGGCCGAAGAGGUUAGAGUCGGCGGCAAGAAAGUAUAUGUCACCAAGUUCCAGCUGCAUGAGAAACCGAAGAAAAACAAGAAAAAAAGCAACACAAUAGAUAAAGUUGAUGAAAAGAGACCGCCAGUUAAUGAUGAUGAGGACAGUGAUGAUUCUGAUGAUGACAAAAAUGAUUAGAUUACAUUUUAUAACCUAUAUUUUUCACUUUCUGUUUGAGCUAUUUUGAUGUUGAACAUUUUGUGUUAUAAUUGUGAGUUUAAUGUUGCGUUUGUACAAAUUAUGUACCUCUGAAUGUGACGUCAUAUUAUUAAAUUGUAUAAAAAUU